UCGUGAUCAACGAUGAUUUGUACCAACAAACAAUAAAAAUGUGGUUGUAUUAUAUUUGUGUAAACUUCUUGAUUUUCCCAAUAAUUGUUUGGACUCAUUUUGUGAACUUGUUGAGACUUGAGAGAUGUUUUGGGUUGAUGAAGUUGGGCCUUGGGGUUUACAAUAAGAAAAUUGAUCUAUCCUUCUUGGUGGCCCGUUUCAAGCAUUCUAACCAAAGCCCAAGACUGACAAAGCCCAAUCAGUUCCUGGAAUUGGUUGAAAACAAUAUAGGCCCCGUGAAGCACUUGCAGAGGUUCAUGGGAUUCAUUUGUUAUAUUUAUUUUUUUAUUCAUUUAUUUUUCGUCCCUUCUAACCGCAAAAAUUUUGAAGUUUUUCUUUUAUUUUUUUUUUUCGAAAAGAUAGAGAUAUUAUAUAAAAGCGCACAAAAGCGCACAAAUGUGGGUUACAAGCGUUUCUUCAAAAGAUCUGCCCUGGAAACAUCUGACUACCUUAAAGACGAUUGCCUUCAAGUUCGUUGCUGUGUUGGUGUAGUUAAGUCUCGCACAGAGGGACCUAAGACCUACUCAAUACCAGUGCCUCCUUCAGAUAUUGGUCAGCAUUUUGGGCAACUGCUGGAAAGUGGAAAAGGCACUGAUGUAAAUUUUGAAGUUGAUGGAGAAACUUUUUCUGCUCACAAGUUGGUUCUUGCUGCUCGUUCGCCAGUAUUUAGAGCUCAAUUAUAUGGUCCAAUGAAGGAUCAAAAUACACAGUGUAUAAAGAUUGAAGACGUGGAGCCACCUGUUUUUAAGGUACUUCAUAAAACCCUCCGAAAUCCUCUAGUGUACGACUUAGAAAUGGGAAAGACUCCGAUCCGCCCUACAAAGAAGAAAGCCGCUCAAUCCGAGCCGGCUAAGAAGAGGAAGGCAACCGAAUCCUCCUCCCGACAAGCUCUUUUGGACGAUGAUCUCUCCGACCAAUUCGGUGCCCCUUUCCCGAUUUAUUCCCGGAAGGAAGGAGAGACGUACUCCCGCCUUUCCCAAAAAGAGGUGGUGCGACCUAAGGCGGUGGACUGGAACCUCUUGAAUGACUUAGGCAUUCUCGAGGACGUGAUGAAGUACCUCAAGGUCCUCAACCUUACCGAGUAUGCAAAAAUGGAAGAGCCGUCCUAUCGAGGCUUAAUGUUAGAGUUCUUUAGCUCAUUC